UGGUAUAUACAAAGGAAGGAAUAGGAAGUGGAGCUUCCGCGCUUGCGUCCAUGGUAUGCGUCGUCUGCUGCUGCCACUCUCGCCAUUCUCACAACAUGCGCAAAUUGCCGAGGACGACGACAUUCAUUACGUUACAUUUAUAGCGCUCAUCAGUGCGAGAUAUUAUCAAAAUGUCGAGUUAAGACGUAUUUCGUCGAGGGAGAGGGAGUAAGAGAGAGAGAAAGAGGGAGUGAGGAAACAUCAGCAAAGGAACAGAUCUCGGGGUGUUGGCGAUGCAGCGAUCGUCAAGACGGUAGUGAACCAACUCUCCGGAGAGGAUCAUCGUUAGAUCUGGUUAGAUCCAGCCAGAUAAUGCAACGCAAUGGAACCUGUUUGACGUCUUCGCGGAUCCGCGGAAAUGCCGGAGUGAGAUCUAACGACACCGUUUAACGAUAAAGCUAGAGUUAUCUGUUUGUCAACGGUGAAUGAUUCAUAAGCCCGACGUGACGAUGACAUCGGCGCGCAUCUCGUCGACACGUGCGUAAACUGAUAUCUCAAGAUGACACAGGGUAUCCAGCGAAGAGCACAUGAUACCACGUAGCUGUCGUGGUGCGGUGGGAAACGCGCAUGUUGACAGAUCGCGAAAAAGAAAAGAAAAUAGAGCGGAAGUAGCUUGACUUGUGAUAUCCACGUCUCCUACAAAAUCUAUUCUACUAGGGUCUAAUUGGAUGAAAUCCAAAGAUACAUAACACCAAGCCCGAGAAGUAUUAGCGUAAAGAAAGGGAGGACGCAUCUUGCUUUAUGCAUGCCUAUUUACUAAAAAAAAAACCUUACUAAUUUUAUUAACGCUUCACGUAAGAUGUAAAUAUGUGCAGUACCUGUGAAGAGCUUUCUGAAGUUGAUACGACUAACUGAUGCGGCUUAACAAUAAUUAACCGAGCUUUUUCUAAUAAGAUGCACGAGAAUAAUGAUGCAAAUGACACAAGAGAAUACAAUACAACAGACGUCACUGAGUCUAUUUUGUACACUGUACUGGUGAACGAUCUUGCGACAAUUCCCACAAGCAUGCCAAGUGUGAUCUACAACGACAGCGUGUCCACGACGGCGUACAUUGAAUUGCCGCAGGACAGCGAGAGUAACCAACGAUUGUGGAAUUUAUCCAAAACCGCCAUAACUUCACUGUCCGAACCCACGACGAUAUCGUUUAACACUUCAAGAAGCACGGUAUACACGUCGACGACAGAGUCCUUCGACGAGUUCGGCCCGCCGGAAGGAGUAGAAUAUAUUUUUGUACCACUCGGUGUGGUGGUCUCUGUUAUUAUACUAUCAGCUGUGGUAUGGGUGCUGAUUAUAUCGAGAAAGCGCAAGUUGGAACGUUUAAGACACAGACUCAUGCCAAUGUACAAUUUUGAUCCUGGGGAAGAGGAAGAAGAUGACUGGGAGACUGAACUGUUGGACGAGUGUUACAACACACAUCAGAGACGAAAUCAAUUGAUUUUACAGCAAGGAUACCAAUCCAUGGAUACUGAGGAAAACGCAGAGCUAUUCGGCGGUCACUAAUAGCACAUUUUCGCAUGGCAUUUAUAUCAUUUUUUCAUUAAGUUAUAAUCGUUAUAGGCUAAAUACAUUUAUUUAUUGUAAUUCUUGUACACAGUUUUUAAGCAUACUAGAAUUUGCGAUUUUAACUGUGAAAGCUAUAUUUUUUCUUAUACAAGUUCUUGAAGACCAAAGUUUUAUAAAACUUUUAUAAAGAAAAGUUUUAUAAAGUAAUAUAUUUAUUAGAAAUAUAUUUAAUAAUUCCAAUUUUCUUCAACUACUUUUUAUAGCCUAACAUUGUCUAAAUUAUAUAUCAAAUUUUGAAUCGUUCAUUAAAAUCGAAUAUUAUACAUGCAAGUUAUAAAGUAUUAUUAAUUAAAGUGUAUAUAAUACAUUGACUUUUAUGCAGUUAAUUUCAUAUUAGAAAAUAUAAAUAUGAAAAUUUUCACAACUCUA